AUUGUAAUUAUUACGACACGUUCGACCCGCCCGAACGGCAGGGUCAUGUGCGGAUGAUGCUGCGCGGACGACCACUAAAGCCGCGGAGAACAGUAUUAACAGUUCGUACAACGCGCGGCAACGGAAUUACAAUUUAUUUUGUCGUCCAGUGCGGUGUAGUCGCAAAUUCGUCAUAACGUUAUUAUUUUAACUAUAUAAUCUUUAUCGUACGCGGUGAAAACAGCACGUUCGAGUGCGCCGACCGUAUCGGUACAGCUUGUACCGGCGCGUUAUCGCCCGGCCCGUGCUCAGAGUCCGCAGCUGGCGCACGCGCGUGGGCACGGAGCGCGUGUACGCAUUUAGACGGCCGCGACCGCUGCGCCCGCGUGUAAAAAUAAACGACAACGGCGGGCGUGCCGCGUCCAGACCUCGGGACUCCUCGGCCGCUCCUGCCUCCUACUCCGCUACGACGACACAAUACGAUCGCUGGCCGCGCGUCGCUGUGUUCCGACGACUCGCUGCCGAUUCUCGGUGCGAACCCAGUACGGUAAACCGCGACUGCCGAACGACGUCGUCAUCGCCCCUACUCCCCCCAUUGACGUGUUCCGUUCGUUGUGCGCGCGAUAACGUACUCGAACAGCGAUAAUGGUCCUAUGUUGUAAGCCAUCGUGUUUUGUGAGUCCAUCAUGAACGCGUUUCGUUCCACGGACCGACGCGGUACCAUCGGGCAGCCGUUACGGUGCACUGCCGUCGUUGUCCGCUCGUAACGGUACCGAACCCUUUGCAUCGGCCCUGUAGAGCAAUGGAUUGUCGCCGGGUCGCCGAUGUCGUGGGCGCGUUCCGGUCGCCUCCAUCAGGUUCGCGACAACUGCAGCAACAACAACCACAUCAACUGUCACUGCACCGUCGAUGCAGGUUAUACGAUUCCGGCGACGAAUACAUCAUCAACAACAACAACAACAACAACAACAACGACAGCAAAAAGAACAGCAGUUGCAACAACAAAGUGUCCGGGACGAGCUUCAAUAACAAUAUCGUAACGGCUACCACCACGUCACUCAUCGACGAGCUGGAACAGUUGCGCACGGACAACUUUCAGCUGCGGUUGCGCGUGUACAACGCCGAACGACGCGUGGACCGACUGUCCGUGACGGCGCACGAACGGGACCGACACGAGCGCAUCUGCGACAGCGAAACGAAUACCGACUGCAGCAGUAGCAGCAGCAGCGCCGGCGACGGCGUGGCCGUAUCCGAAUCUCAAACUGCCACAGCGGCCACGGCGACGGCCGCGGCGGCCGUGCGCACCAUCCACGAUUUGUUGACCGUCAACCGACGGCUUCUGGCGCUACUGGCGGCCACGGUGUCGGCCAAAGCGGUGGCCGUGUCGGCCGACGAUAAGCGACGCUGGCGACGACUGCGGAACCACAUCGAAAACUACGCCACGAGCGAUCAGGGAGAGGAAGACGGAGAAGAGGAGAGGCGACUAGACGACAAUUCGGACACGUCGACGACGGACUCGGAGACGUGUACGGCCAGAGAACAGUCGCAGAGAGCGUCGGCGGAACAAUCGACCACGAGGUCCGGGUCGCGACUGCUCGCCACACGUUCGCCACCGCCGCCCGAACCGGACAGACACCCUGCACCGGAAGACGACAGCGCCGGAAGCGAGUUGUCUCGGUUGCGGGCCCGGUGCCGCCGUCUGGAACGGUCGCUCCAGCAGCUGGUCAACACGGAGCUGUGGGCCCGGAACAGGCAGAUCAGCAAGCUCGAGCAGCAGCGAUAUGUGACGCAGGUGGCCCGCGACGCCGUGGUGCAAAGGGACAGUGGUCGACCUGCGGUGGUUGCUGAGACUGUCACCCAGCAGCAACAGUCCGCUAGCCCUGCCACGACCACCAAAGGAAUCCUGGUGUUGCGAUCGCCCGAAAAGACAACGGCCGCUACGGCUAUCACGACGCCGCCGCCCGUGUUACCGGACUACUCGGAAGUGAAUUUCUUCUUCAGCUGCGAUGAGGAAGAAGACGAUAACCAAGGAAACUCGGAGACCAACACGCUAUCAUCGGCGUCCAUGGACGAGGACACCGAAUCAGACGACGUGCGGCCGCGGGCACAGCCGCCAAUACGAUCGACCGGCAGCGCGCCGGUCGACCAACCGCGAAAACGUCAGUGCCGGCCACAUCACCGACCGCAGCAGCAACAGCAUCAAGGCGCCAACGUCAUCGAAACGGCUACGACCACGUUGUCGUCGUCAUCGUCUGUGGAUCGCGAUGCUGCAGUAGCGAACGGACCGACGAGCGACUUAAGUGACGUUGGCUGCGCGUCGCCGCCGACACCGUCUUCCCGACCUCAACGGCAUCGGACUUUUAGCGGUAACGGUCGGCAGCGGCCACGCCGUCGGUACAGGCCGCGCCGGUGCUUGGGUUGCGCGCGUCGCGGUGCACACGACGGCCGUCCGGUUCCGGCCGCUCAGAUAGCUGUGGCCGACGCGCAAGUGCAAUGCGACGGUGACGACGAAAGUGUUACGACGGACGGCCGCGACGACGAUCGCAAGACGCUAGCGCAGUUACGACGCGAGUUGGACGCGCGGCGCCGCGAAAACUGUCGGCUGUACGACAUGCUGUUGCGCAGGCGGAAAGGUCGGGACGGCCCGAAAGCUUCGUUCCUCGGCGACGACGACGACGACGACGCGGCCACGGACUCGAACGUGGACGAAGAGGACGGUUCGCCGGAGCCGUACCGACGAGCGGCACGAGAGGUACGCGGCCGCAUCGCGGACCUAUUGCCGCCGCUGUUGUCCAUGCGGUCCACGGUGGACGAACCGGGCGGACGGCCACAACAAGACGACGGCGACGGCGGAACGAAACGGCUGCGGCAGAUAGACGAUCGGCAAGCAACGACGCUCGCUCGACUCCGGGAACGCAUAGCAGCGUACGAACGGGAAGAGCUGCUCGGCGGCGGCGACCGAGUCCCGCUAGGGCCGCAAACGCCUGCCGAUCCGGAAGACGAUGUUCUGCACAUGGACAGGGCCGCGCUGGUCAACGUGGCGCUCCCGAGGGCUGUGGACCGGCUCCGGCGCGCGAUCUUGCAGCGGUUGCCCGGGGAACUGCAGCAGCAGCAACCGACCGGACAGGAAAAUCCGACAGCGACGGAACAGUCGGACGACCAUUGCCGCGUCCACCGAUGACGUGCGUUGUUGAGACGUCCUCAUCCUCGUACGGAAUCCACGCGAUUUCGCUCGCUUUUAAGAUUUUAUAUUUUUUUUAAAUUUUUUAUUUAUUUUCAUUUUUUUAUACUAACCGUACCGUUUGAAUUUUAUUUAUAAAGACAUUUUUAUACGUCCCGAUAACACAAUGUACUAUAAUAUAUACGAGAGUACUAUUCCUAUACGAUCACGUGGUCUCGUACCAUGCUCGUCUCCGCUGCAUCCGUGUGCCUAAACGGAGAAAAAUGUUUUUUUUCUUUUUACUAAAUAUUUUGUUUUGUUUUUUUUCAAUUAAUUUUUAUCCUAGAUUUGUACCGAUCGACGAUCGCCUCGACUUUAUCAAUUUUACUUUAUAUGAUAAAACGCUUGUGUUGUUUAGAUAUUUUAUUAAAUGGACUGUGCCUAAACAAUUUUA